AUGGAAAAGUCACUGAAUCCACAGAUUUGGAAACCACAAGAAGCUUCAAUAUCUCCGGGACCUUCUAGUCAACAGAAGUUAACGUUCAUUGGUACACAUAUCUUUAAGUACUUUCGCACGUGGAUUCAGUUGACAAAGGACUUUGUGAAAUUCGACCUUUGCUAUGAUCUCAAUCAGGCUAGCGGCAAUAUAUCCAUUGUCCAUAACGACGGGCGUGUCAUUAAAACACUGCAGAUCAGUCCAGACCUGCAUGUAAUUAGAUCGGCUGAUACAUUCAUGUACGCAUUCAUAUCACGUACUAGAGAGCCUAAAGUAUACGGAUUUGGUUUCUUGCGAAGUGAAGAUCUUGAUGAGUUCUUCUCGCACUACAAUACUGUUUUUUGGACUAUAUCCAGUAAAUCAGCAACUCAAAUUGACGUGAAUCAAAGCGACGUCUCUGAUACCUCAGUGAAUGGUAAAUUUAGUAUUGCUGAAUUGUUAACUAAGUCUGAUCCAACUUAUGAAGCUGAUUUUGGCUAAGGAGAUGCGGAAUCCAGUACUUUAAGCGAUUCACAAACAUUCCCAUGGUGUGAGCAGAUACCUAAUCUUUACUGUUACAAUUUUGAGCAGCAGCAAACAGAAGGCGCAACAUCUUCAUUUGCUCGUAGUCAAUUAUUUGAUCAGCCUUGGUUUGAGCAUUUCGUAGAUUCCUGUUUAAAUGUUGCUCGACAACAAAUGGAAAGAUCAUUUCUUUUUGAAACUCGCCAUAUGCUACUGGAUUCUGAAAGUGCAAAAGACAAAUCAGUGGAUGUAGACAAAAGUGAGUCUGAUAAAAAACCUGAUCAGGAAGACAACAGUUUACACGAAGAUAAUAAAUUAGAUAAAAACGACUUACACAAAGUAAGCAAUAUAAAGGAUGACGGAUUAGAUUCAAUGAAAGAGAGUCUAGCUGGGAGCAAGGAUGAUAAAGAACUUGAUCAAGAGAAAGAAGGCCUACUCGAUCCAGGCAAAAACGAUGAUAACAAAUCUGAACAAAACAAGGACAAUCUACCUGGCACAGAUAUUAACAAUGAUCACGCAUUAGAUCUAAAGAAAGACGGAGGGUUAACAGAUAAUAAAAAGCUCGAUGGAGAUAAAGCGAGCCUAAUCGAUCCAGGCACUACUGGUGACAGCAAAUUUGAUCAAAGCAAAGAUAGCCUAUGUGACCUCGGGAUUAACAAUGAUGAUAGCAUUGAUCAAAAUAAAAACGAAUUAUAUAAAUCAAGAUGUAGCAGUGAUAAUCGAUUAGAUCAAAAGAAGGGCAGCCUACCUGGAAGUGGUGGUGAUAUGUCACCACGUCAAGAAAAAGGUCUGCUCAAUCCAGGCAAGGUCGAUGAUAAUAAAUUUCAUCAAAACAAGAACAGCCUACGUGGCCUAGGCAUUAAUAGUGAUAGCGAAUUUGACCAAAAUAAGGAGAGCUUACAGAUGCCAGGCACUAGAGAUGAUAAUAGUUUUGAUCAAAAGAAUGGCAGCCUAAAAGAUCUGAGUGAUAAUAAAAAUAAUGAAUUUGGUCAAAAAAAGGGCAGCCUACACGAUCUAGGCGGUAACGAUGAUAAUAAAUUUGAUCAAAACAAGGACAGCCUGCGUGACCUGGGCACCAGUAGUGAUGACAAAUUUGACCAAAUUAUGGAGGGAGUACGCAAACCAGGCACAAGCGAUGAUUGUAUAUUUGAUCAAAAGAUCGUCGAGCCAGGCAGUUGUGUUGGCGACAGAUUUGGUAAGAAACAGGAUAGCAGCUCACGUGAUACAAGCAGCUACAUUUUUGGUGAAGAUAAAAAUGCUCAAGAAUCAGAAACUGAAGCAGCAGGUCGUAGUGAAUUUCCUGAACAAGGAGUUUAUAAUCUUUGGAGCGAUCCACCAAGGAUUAUUCCGUUUUAUGAGGUGAUUAGGUUUCCAAAUUUUCAAUGGAAAUCGAUUUUUGAUUAA